AUGGAUGUGGGCGCUUACCUGGAGCGGAUCUGCUUCGUAGGCAGCACAGCCCCCAGCGUGGCAUCGCUCCGCGCCCUCCACCGUGCCCAUGUGCUGUCCGUGCCGUUCGAGACCCUCAGCAUCCACUGUGGGGAGCCCAUAACCCUGGACCUGGAGAAGAUCUACCGCAAGAUUGUGAAGGAGCGGCGAGGAGGCUUCUGCUACGAGAACAACGGCCUCUUCUCUUGGCUGCUGCGGCAGCUGGGAUUCCAGGUGACCCUGUGUUCAGCUCGCGUGCUGAGCCCCUUCACUCACAGGUACGGGCCUCCUUUUCAACAUCUCAUGAUCCUCGUGAAACUGGUGCAACGGACGGCCAGAAGUGUCCAUCGGCGCUUCCUUCAGGGGAGCGACAGCUCGAGAGGUUCGUGGUGGAUGUUGGCUUGGGAACGGCAUGCGGGAGCCGCUGGAGAUGGAGAGUGGGCGGGAGAGCGAGCAGGAGUCUGGGACGUAGAACUGCAGCCACCUCGUGCGGGAGAAGACGAAUGUUGGACAGUGCUUUACAAGUUCACAACAACCGCACGUGGAUUUCUGGAAUUCUCAGACAUGUGCCAGUACAACCAGACGUCACCGAGCUCCAUGCCCGCGUCUAAAUCUCUGUGCACCCUUCACACGCCUCAAGGUCGGGUCACCUACAUGGGCCAACGUCUCACCAGCACCACCGUCAAGCCGGCGCGGAACCAUCGAGUCCGCAGGAAGAGCAAAGCCGUCCGUGAGCUUUCCGAUGAAGAGAUCCCCAUCGUGUUGAGGGACGUCUUUGGAGUCGUUCUCAAAAAUCCAUUGGUGCCAAAAGAUCGUGCCAUUGUACCUGAAGAGUGCGAUCAGUUUUAA